GUUUGGAUUCGAGUGGAAGGGUAAUCGGUCCCUCUCAAUUUCGAAUUGGUUCUAGCUCAGUUUCAAAUUUGAACAAUUUCGGUUUCGGGUCUGCUGGAGCCUGUUGCUUAAUGGUCCCUUUUCCUUUUCGUCUCUCCCACCUCUCACGCACGCAACUGUCGGCUCACCCCUUUCACCCAACUCAUGACGAAGUCAUAAUUUAAAAUUUGGGUCCUUUUUUCUUUUUCCUUUGUCACAAAGGAAAGAAAGAAAGAAAGAAAGAGAGCUAUUGUCAUGUGAUGUGAUGUGAUGAUAAUGUAGUGCGUAGAUCUGUGUUAUGAUUGUGAAUUGCUGAUUGCUGAAAUCAAAUAUCUAACAAUGUCAUCAUCUCAAACCCUAGGAGGUUCAUCUCGUUCCGGCAAAGUUUUAGGUCCUUCACUCGACAAAAUCGUUAAAAAUGCAGCCUGGCGUAAGCAUUCACACCUCGUCUCCGCUUGUAAAUCUGUUCUUGACAGCCUCCAAUCUCUCUCCGAUUCGGAUUCCGUUUCCGGUUCAAAUGCCACUGUUUUAGUGGGUAUUCAGUCUCCUUCCGACUCCGAAUUCUUUCUUAACCCUUUAAUUCUAGCCCUGGAAUCUUCUUAUGCUAAAGUUGUGGAGCCUGCGCUCGAAUGCGCCUUCAAGCUCUUCUCGUUAGGCCUUCUUACGGGCGAGAUCGACUCGAAUAAUUCUUCAGUUCUUUUUAAGAUCAUUGAUGGGGUUUGUAAGGUCUGUGGGAUUGGAGAGGAAGCUAUUGAGCUGGGUGUGCUUAGGGUUUUGCUUGCUGCUGUUCGAUCUCCCUGCAUUUUGAUUCGCGGAGAGUGUUUGGUUAAUCUUGUCAGAACUUGUUAUAAUGUGUAUCUCGGUGGAUUUAACGGUACUAAUCAGAUCUGUGCUAAAUCUGUUCUUGCUCAGAUUAUACUUAUUGUUUUUACUCGUGUCGAGGAGGAUUCUUUGGAUGUUCAUGUUAAAACUGUCAAUGUUAAUGAAUUGUUGGAGUUUACUGAUAAAACUUUGAAUGAAGGAAGUUCUAUUCAUUUUUGUCAGAAUUUUCUUCAUGAGGUUAUGGGUGCUUGUGAGGGCGUUCCAAACGCCAAUAUUUUAUUGCACACUAGUCCGUCUUCUAAUGGUGGUGAUGCUAAUUUCUCAAAUGGAAAUGAGAAUGAUAAAGGCGGAUUGGGUGAUGGAGAGGCGAAUGAUGUAGCUGAAUCUAAUGGUGCUGGCGGUGCUGCUGUUGUUGCAUGGGGGAGUAAAGUUAGGGAGGACGGUUUUCUUCUUUUUAGAAACCUUUGUAAAUUGUCUAUGAAAUACUCCUCUCAGGAGAACCCUGAUGAUCAUAUUCUUCUCAGAGGUAAAAUCUUGUCUCUUGAGUUGCUCAAGGUGGUCAUGGACAAUGGGGGUCCCAUUUGGCGCAAUAAUGAAAGGUUUCUCCAUGCUGUUAAGCAAUAUCUCUGCCUGUCAUUGUUAAAGAACAGUGCAUUGUCAGUUAUGGCUAUUUUUCAGCUUCAAUGCUCUAUCUUUAUGAUCCUGUUAUCAAAAUUCAGAUCAGGAUUAAAGUCAGAAAUUGGCAUAUUCUUUCCUAUGCUCAUCCUCAGGGUGCUUGAGAAUGUGAACCAGCCUAGUUUCUUACAAAAAAUGAUAGUGCUGAAUUUUUUGGAGAAGAUUGCUCAGGAUCCACAGAUUAUAGUUGAUGUUUUUGUGAACUAUGACUGUGACUUAGAUGCACCAAAUAUAUAUGAGAGGAUUGUGAAUGGCCUUCUUAAAACUGCUCUAGGACCGCCUCCUGGUUCAACCACAACUUUGUCCUCGGCCCAGGAUAUUACUUUUCGGCAUGAAUCUGUGAAGUGUCUGGUCUGUAUCAUCAAAUCAAUGGGUGCUUGGAUGGAUCAACAACUGAGAGUAGGAGAGUCCUAUGCACCUAAGAGCUCCGAGACUGAUGCUUCAACAGAGAAUCUCUCAAACCCAAGUGGAGAAGAUGCAAAUAGUCCUGACUAUGACUUACAUUCAGAAGUGAACUCUGAAAUGUCAGAUGCUGCUAGUCUUGAACAGCGCCGGGCUUAUAAAAUCGAACUCCAGAAAGGAAUCUCUCUGUUUAAUAGGAAACCUGCCAAGGGAAUUGAGUUUCUGAUAAGCACCAAAAAAAUUGGCGGUUCUCCAGAAGAAGUUGUUGCCUUCCUCAAAAACACCAUUGGCCUCAAUGAAACCAUAAUUGGUGACUAUUUGGGUGAAAGAGAUGAGUUUUGUUUGAGAGUUAUGCAUUCUUAUGUUGAUUCAUUCAAUUUUAAAGCGAUGGAUUUUGGUGAAGCAAUAAGGUUUUUCUUACGAGGCUUCAGGUUACCUGGAGAAGCUCAGAAGAUUGACCGAAUCAUGGAGAAGUUUGCAGAGCGCUAUUGUAAAUGCAAUCCAAAUUCAUUUACUAGUGCAGAUACAGCCUAUGUCCUAGCAUACUCUGUGAUAUUGCUCAACACAGAUGCCCAUAACAACAUGGUGAAAGAUAAGAUGACUAAGGCUGAUUUCAUACGAAACAACCGUGGAAUAGAUGAUGGGAAGGAUUUACCUGAAGAGUUUCUGGGCACCCUCUAUGAUAAUAUUUUGAAAAAUGAAAUUAAAAUGAAUGCUGAUUCUUCUGCUCCUCAAAGCAAGCAGGCAAACAGCUUAAAUAAGCUAUUAGGUUUGGAUGGUAUACUGAAUUUAGUCACUGGGAAGCAGAUUGAAGAAAAACCUUUAGGUGCAAAUGGACUUCUCAUAAGACGCAUCCAAGAACAGUUCAAGGCAAAAUCAGGGAUAUCAGAGUCUGCGUAUCACAUUGUUACAGAUGCAGCAAUUUUGAGGUUCAUGGUUGAGGCCUGCUGGGGUCCUAUGUUGGCUGCAUUUAGCAUGACCCUUGACCAGAGUGAUGAUAAGCUUGCUACUUCUCAGUGCUUACAGGGCUUUCGAUAUGCAGUGCAUGUUACCGCAGUAAUGGGAAUGCAGACCCAGAGAGAUGCUUUUGUAACAUCAAUAGCAAAGUUUACUUAUCUUCAUAAUGCUGCGGAUAUGAAACAGAAGAAUGUUGAUGCUGUGAAGGCAAUAAUAUCAAUUGCCAUUGAAGAUGGUAAUAAUCUUCAGGAAGCUUGGGAGCAUAUCUUAACGUGUCUCUCCCGGAUUGAGCAUCUGCAGCUGCUGGGAGAGGGUGCACCACCUGAUGCAUCUUUCUUAACAUCAUCUAAUGUUGAAGCAGAUGAAAAAACAUGGAAGUCAAUGGGUUAUCCAUCUCUAAAGAAAAAAGGAACUCUCCAGAAUCCUGCUGUAAUGGCUGUUGUCAGAGGGGGUUCAUAUGACAGCACCACAGUUGGGGUGAAUUUGCCAGGACCAGUGACCCUGGAGCAGAUUAAUCACUUUAUUUCAAAUUUGAAUUUGCUUGAUCAGAUUGGGAACUUUGAAUUGAACCAUGUAUUUGCUAAUAGCCAGAGGUUGAACAGUGAAGCAAUAGUAGCUUUUGUGAAAGCUCUUUGUAAAGUUUCAAUGUCAGAGUUGCAGUCCCCAACAGAUCCUCGUGUAUUUAGCCUCACAAAAAUAGUUGAAAUUGCGCAUUACAAUAUGAAUCGCAUUAGACUGGUCUGGUCCCACAUAUGGAAUGUUCUGUCAGAUUUUUUUGUAUCAGUUGGAUUGUCAGAAAAUCUCUCUGUUGCAAUAUUUGUGAUGGAUUCACUGCGGCAACUUGCUAUGAAAUUCUUAGAGCGCGAAGAACUGGCAAAUUACAACUUCCAGAAUGAAUUUCUGAGGCCAUUUGCGAUUGUCAUGCAGAAAAGCAGCUCUGCAGAAAUUAGGGAAUUAAUUGUUCGCUGCAUUUCACAGAUGGUCCUCAGUCGUGUUAAUAAUGUGAAAUCUGGGUGGAAAAGCGUUUUUUUGGUUUUUACAGCGGCUGCAGCUGAUGAGCGUAAGAAUAUAGUCCUGUUGGCAUUUGAGACCAUGGAGAAAAUAGUGCGAGAGUAUUUUCCUUAUAUAACUGAGACAGAGACAACGACUUUCACAGAUUGUGUCAGAUGCCUAACGACCUUCACAAAUAGCAGAUUUAAUAGUGAUGUAAGCCUCAAUGCCAUUGCAUUUCUCCGGUUUUGUGCUGUAAAACUUGCAGAUGGAGGACUUGUCUGGAUUCAAAAGAGCGGGGUUGAUGAUUUAUCCAUUCAAUCGUUAAAUGAGAUGGCUUCUGAUGAACAAUCUUUAAGUGACAAAGAUGAUCAUGCAUCCUACUGGAUCCCAUUACUCACAGGGUUAUCACAGCUUACAUCUGAUCCCAGAUCAGCCAUUCGAAAAAGUUCUUUGGAAGUGCUAUUUAACAUUCUCAAUGAUCAUGGUCACCUUUUCUCACGAUCAUUUUGGAAUGACAUUUUCAACUCUGUUAUUUUACCCAUAUUCAGUAAUAUGUAUGACAAGAAAGAUAAUCUUGUUAAAGACGGUCAGUCUUCACCAGCUUCAGCCUCUCCACAGCUGGAAGGAAGUGGAUGGGAUUCUGAAACUUCUGCAGUGGCAACCCAGUGUUUAGUAGAUUUAUUUGUCAGUUAUUUUAAUACAGUGAGGUCUCAACUAUCAAGUGUGGUAUCAAUACUGACGGGAUUCAUUAGAAGUCCUAUUCAAGGUCCUGCUAGCACUGGGGUUGCAGCUUUAUUGCGCUUAUCAGGUGAACUGGGAAGCAGACUUUCUGAGGAGGAAUGGAAGAAGAUCUUUCUAGCUCUGAAGGAAGCUGCUGCAUCAACAUUGCCAGGUUUUAUGAAGGUCCUUAGAAGCAUGGAUGAUAUUGAGAUGCCUGACAGCUCGGGAUCUUAUGCAGAUAUGGAUACUACUCAUCAUGGUUUCACCAAUGAUGACCGGGAGGAUGACAAUCUCCAAACUGCAGCUUAUGUAGUUUCGAGAGUAAAGAGUCACAUUGCUGUGCAGCUACUGAUUUUACAGGUUGUAACAGAUUUAUGUAAAGCAAACCUACAAUUCUUAUCAGCAACCAAUAUUGGGAUUCUUCUUGAUAUAUUUUCAUCUAUUGCAUCGCAUGCCCACCAACUGAACUCUCAGACAAUUCUGCAGAAGAAAUUGGAGAAAGCUUGCUCCAUUCUGGAGCUAUCUGAUCCUCCCAUGGUUCAUUUUGAAAAUGAGUCGUACCAAAAUUACCUCAACUUUCUCCAUGAUUUGCUUGUGGAUAAUCCAUCCAUGUCUGAGUUGAUGAAUAUAGAAUUGCAACUUGUGGUAGUCUGUGAAAAAAUAUUGCAGAUAUAUCUAAGUUGUACUGGGUCCCAAUCCAUGCAACAGAAACCUGUUAGCAAGCUGGUGGUACACUGGAUUCUUCCAUUGGGUUCAGCAAAGAAGGAAGAAUUGGCAGCAAGAACUACUUUGCUUGUUUCAGCUUUGUGCAUAUUAAGUGAUCUGGAAAGGGACUCCUUUAGGAGGUACGCUUCCCGAUUCUUUCCUUUGUUGGUUGAUCUUGUGCGGAGUGAGCAUAGCUCGGGAGAAGUUCAGCAUCUCUUAAGCAACAUUUUCCAGUCAUGUAUAGGCCCAGUACUAAUGGGAUGAAUUAUUAUUUUAUAGAAAUACACAUGAUUAUUCCUUGCCGAAUCUCAGUUUUGAUCUCUCGAAUUAGCUAUUGUACCAACCUUCAUAUUAAUUUCAUCUAAAUCAAAUAUUUUUGGUGUAUGCUGAGGCUAGUAGAAAGCUUUUUCACCCAUGUAAAAGAAUGCACGUGUAAACAUCCUGUCGAUACAGAUUGAUUGAUUUGAAUUGGGGUAGUAAUAAUGAUAAAUUUUUGGUUCUUGAA